AUGUUCCCUUCAGUUGUAAAAUUAUUUACUUUUGCAGGACUCCAUGCAAAGCAUCAGCAAGAGCUAGAAAAUUUGACGCUGACGAUCCAACCUACAAAAACGUUAAAGCUGUUCACUCUAGCUGUCAUGCAAUAUGUCAGGCGAUCAAUAUCAUACCUUUUGUCACACAGUGGCAGGCUUAUGCUUUUGAGUUCCAUUGUUAUUUUAGCUGGGGUACUUCUUGUGACUAUUGAUGGUCCUCGUGAGAAGCAUGUUGAUGAAGUUCUACAUUGUAUACAGUUUGGAUUCUGGUGGGUGGCUCUUGGUGCUGCAUCUUCCAUUGGUCUCGAGUUUGGGCCACCGUUGUCGUCGCAUGGUACACAGAUUCCACUCAGCAGCAUAUUGCGCCAGGUCCAAUUAGAGGCAAUUCUUUGGGACCUUGGGACUGCACUUGGCGAACUUCCCCCAUACUUUAUUUCGAGGGCAGCAAAGAUUUCCGGUGGUAAAGUGAAUGCCAUCGAAGAAAUUGAUGCUUCCCCUACCAAAGAUAAUGGAUUCAUGCGUGCCCGUCUUGUUCAAAUUAAGCAUUGGUUCCUGUCUCAUGCCCAAUACUUGAAUUUCUUCACGAUCCUCGUUCUUGCUUCGGUGCCAAAUCCUUUGUUUGAUCUAGCAGGAAUAAUGUGUGGACAAUUUGGGAUUCCUUUUUGGGAGUUUUUUCUAGCAACGGUGAUUGGGAAAGCACUCAUCAAAUCUCAUAUACAGACGGUUUUUAUUAUUUCCAUGUGCAACAAUCAACUUCUUGACUGGAUAGAAAAUGAACUAAUUCGGAUGCUUAGUUUCCUACCUGGUUUUGAUUCUAUCCUACCCAACCUCGUAGCAAAACUUCAUAUAAUGAAGGACAAGUAUUUGGCCACAAAACCUCAUGUUCCAUUGAAUGUUGAGGUGACGAAAUGGGAUUUCUCGAUCUCCUUCAUAUGGAAUACGGUAGUGUGGUUCAUGCUAAUAGACUUUUUUUUUCAGAUAGUGAAUGCAACUGCACAAAGGUAUCUUAAAAAACAGCAAGAGGACAUAGCUUUUUUGAUGAACAAGUCAUCAAAACAUUCCGAUGACACUGAUAUUUCAUCUAGAUGA